AUGGAGCCUCACUUUGUGGUUCCGCUUCCAUUGAUGUUCCUUGUUAUUCUUUGUCUUUUACUUGCUUCCCAUACCAACGCUGAAAGCUCCACAUAUAUUGUUCAUAUGGACAAGUCCUUUAUGCCUCAGGUCUAUUCAAGCCAUCAUGAUUGGUACGAUUCCACCAUUCAUUCCAUAAACUUAGCAACAGCUGAUCAUCCUUCUAAGCAACCAUCACAGAAAUUAGUGUACACCUAUGAUGAUGCUAUGCAUGGAUUCAGUGCAGUGCUUUCAUCGGAUGAGUUAGAGACCCUAAAGAAAACCAAUGGUUUUGUCACAGCUUAUCCUGAUAGGUCUGCCACCAUAGACACCACCCACACCUUUGAGUUUCUCUCACUCAAUACCCCCAAUGGCCUAUGGAAUGCUUCCAAUUUUGGGGAGGGUGUGAUUGUUGGUCUUAUUGACUCCGGAAUCUGGCCUGAAAGUGAGAGUUUCAAAGAUGAUGGCAUGACCAAGAAAAUCCCAUCCAAAUGGAAAGGAACGUGCGAGCCAGGACAAGACUUCAACACUUCCAUGUGUAACUUCAAACUGAUUGGAGCUAGAUACUUCAACAAGGGUGUGAAAGCAGCAAAACCCAACACCACAAUCAGCAUGAACUCAGCAAGAGACACUCAAGGCCAUGGGAGCCACACAUCUUCCACAGUUGCUGGCAACUAUGUCAAUGGUGCCUCUUUCUUUGGCUAUGCCAAAGGGGUAGCAAGGGGUAUUGCCCCACGAGCUAGGCUUGCCAUGUACAAGGUCCUUUGGGACGAGGGACGCCAAGCCUCUGAUGUUCUUGCUGGAAUGGACCAAGCCAUUGCCGAUGGGGUGGAUGUCAUUUCCAUCUCUUUGGGUUUUGAUAGUGUUCCACUCUAUGAGGACCCAGUAGCAAUAGCUGCUUUUGCAGCAAUGGAAAAAGGGGUGUUGGUUUCAUCUUCAGCAGGCAAUGAAGGUCCUGCUUUUGGUGCCUUGCACAAUGGAAUUCCUUGGGUCUUAACAGUGGCAGCAGGCACCAUAGACCGUACAUUUGGCAGUUUAACAUUAGGAAAUGGCAAAACAAUUGUGGGUUGGACCUUGUUUGCGGCAAAUGCUAUAGUGGAAGGUCUUCCACUUUUCUACAACAAGACCCUAUCAGCAUGCAACUCAGUGAAGCUGUUAACCGAGGUGGCCACAAAUGGGAUUAUUAUAUGUGAUGCCCCACACUCAGACUCAAUCUCUGUCUUUGACCAAAUCAAUGCUAUCACUGGGGCAAGUGUGGUUGGGGCUGUGUUUAUCUCUGAGGAUCCAAAACUAAUUGAAACAGGACGUUUGCUCUCUCCAAGUAUUGUAAUCAGCCCAAGCGAUGCACCAUCCGUGAUCAACUAUGCAAAAAGUGCCAAAACUCCCACUGCCAGCAUCAAAUUUCAACAAACAUUUGUUGGAAUCAAGCCAGCACCAGCUGUGGCUUAUUACACCUCAAGAGGUCCUUCACCAAGCUACCCAGGGGUCUUAAAGCCUGAUGUAAUGGCACCUGGCUCUAAUGUUCUAGCUGCUUUUGUCCCAAGUAGAUCAUCAGGUAGAAUUGGCACAAAUGUGUUUUUAUCCAAUGAUUACAAUUUCUUGUCUGGAACAUCCAUGUCAUGUCCUCAUGCAUCUGGUGUUGCUGCUCUGUUAAAAGCAGCACACCCAGAUUGGAGUGCAGCUGCUAUAAGGUCUGCAAUGGUCACCACUGCCAAUCCCCUUGAUAAUACCCAAAAUCCAAUUAGAGAUAAUGGGAAUAGUUUUCAAUUUGCUUCUCCUCUUGCAAUGGGAGCUGGUGAGAUUGAUCCUAACAAAGCACUUGAUCCAGGUUUAAUAUAUGAUGCCACUCCUCAGGACUAUGUUAACCUCCUUUGCGCUUUGGGCUACACACAUAACCAAAUAUUAACUAUUACGAGAUCAAAGUCCUAUAACUGUGCUAACCCAUCAUCUGAUCUUAACUACCCUUCGUUUAUAGUUUUGUACAGUAACAAAACAAGAUCUGCGGUUCAAAAGUUUAGGAGGACCGUGACUAACGUUGGAGAUGGUGCGAGUACAUAUAGAGUCAAGGUGACGCAACCCAAGGGCACUGUGGUCACAGUUUCACCUGGGACGCUAGCAUUUGGUUAUAAGAAUGAGAAGCUAAGCUACUCUAUUGUUGUAAAGUACACGAAGUACAAGAAAGAAAACAUCUCCUUUGGGGACAUUGUUUGGAUUGAAGAUGGUGGUGCACGAACGGUUAGAAGCCCCAUUGUAGUGGCACCGAGUGAAAUUGCAUGA